AUGAGCUGGAGAGCUCGUCUUUCGCUGAGUCUGAAUGAGUUGCGUGUCGUCUACUGUGCCAAGUCGGCGUCAAGCAAGGGUACCAGGGACUUCAUCAAGAACAAUUACAAAACGUUCAAAGUGCUGAAUCCGGGACUCCCAAUUUACAUGCGACCUAGCGAUGGUGCCCAGCCCCAUGUCGCUGCGAGAUAUGAAAGAGGAGUGUAUGAGGUUCGCGACGUUACUGGUCUAUCCGAGGCGCAAGUUUUGGGCGUAGUGCAGGAGUUGGAGGCGGCUGCGCCACACAUUAAUUCUACCGUUGGAGGAGGGAUUGGGGGGAACAAGUUUAAGCUCGCUGAUAUUGUCUAGAAAUUGUCCUGACAUAAAGUGAAGCAUUGACUUGGUGCAUUUU